UUUUCUUCGAAAAUGAGUUCAAAUAGACUAAGAGCAAUGAGAGAGAACUUUCAUUCAGAAUUACGAAAGUAAACUUUAGAAUAGACAUUUAAAUUGAAAAGAUUAGUAACAAACUCAACAAAACAUUAUCCAAUUGAAUAAUUAAUUGAUAUAGUAGAUAAGUUGAUGAGAUAUUAUGAAUUGAACGAUGAGGAAUACUAAAUAAUGAUAUAAAUUUUAGAUGAUGUUUAAUAGACAGCUAUGAAUGAUCCUUCUUAAUUUUGUGAAUGGGCAGAACAUUUGAAAAUAAUAAAAACUUUGGUUAAUUCAAUGUGUUUAGGUUCAAAUCCUAAGUAUUCCAUAAUUGCUACAAAAGCAGCAAAUUGUUUUAGAUAAUUAGUUAGAUAAAAAAAGCCAAGAGUAUAUGUAAAUGAACAUUUUGAUUAAGUUUGUGAAAUAUAUAAAUCUUGGAUAGAUUCAGAUUCUAAUAUAUUGAGAGAAAAUGUAUUAAUUAAUGAAAAUUUUGUUAAUAGGGAUUGAGCGGUUUAAAUUAAUUAGUAGAAUUACAUUCACCAAAAUACUCUAAAUAUGAUAUAAUAGAGAGUGUUUUAAAGUCUCUUUAAAUGAAUAAGAAUAAUGAUAAAGCAUUAAGAAUAUUAGCAAAUAUUACAAAGAGUAUAGAUGAUGAUAAUUAAGUAAUAGCAAUAUUACGAAUUGCCUCAAAAUUAAUUGAAAAUUCAGAUAAUAAAUGUAUAUGAUAUUUAUGAUUUAAUUAGUAAAAGAGAAAGGUUUAAUGAUCCUUGAGAAUGCUAGUAGAAAUAUAUAGAAUAUAUAAUUUAUAUUAACAAUGAGAGUAAUGUAAUCUAUUAUGAAUUUAAUUUAAAAUAAGGAUAAAAACAUUUCAAAACUCUCUUUAUCAAUUUUAGUGAAUUUAUCAUUUACAUCUGAAUUGGAUGAAUGUUAAAAAAUGUUGGAUUUAGGAAUUAUAGAAACACUUUAUAAAUUACUUAAGAAUACAUAAUUUACUUAUUAUAGGAUUUAUGGAAGUAUGAUAUUUAAUAAUUUGAUGGCCUCUUCGUAUUUGAAUUUGGAUAAAAUUAUUUCGAAUUAAAAAAUAUUAGAUGUAGUAUUUGAUCUUUUAGAAAAUGAUGUUGUAGAUGUUAGAAGAGAAUUAUAUUAAGCAUUUAAAAACUUUUUAGUAAUUUGUUCAAAGAAUUAACUCUUGAUAAUGGUUGACUUAGGUUUACUAGAUUAUGAGAUUUCAGGUUUAGAUGAUAUAGACAAUACAAUAGUUUUAUUAUCUAUUGAAAGUAUUUAUUAUUAACAUGAUAUGAUAGCACUGGUAAUGAUAAUGCGAUAAUUUUAAUCAACUGAUUUUGAGAGAAAAGUACAUUAGUACUUUUAUGUAAAGAAUGUAUUUUUGAAACUUGAGAAUUUGAGUAGAGAUUCUAACGUAGAAAGAAUAUGUUUUCAAGCCUAACAGUUUCUUAAUGAGCUAAAUGACUACGAUUAAUGA